UUCUCGACAUCACUAGUUGUCACUUUUAUUUUUUCAACAUUUCUUGGAAAGUUGUGCUACAAAUGGUGUUUCGUUGUUUACAUUUUUUGCAAGUCUGCAAUAAAUAAAAAUCUUAUAAGAAUGGUUUGACUCCUUGUGCAUUUUCAAUAAAGUGUUUUUUGCUAUAUCGCAUUCUCGUGUCCUCGAAAAUGUCGUGCAGUUCGGUGGAAGAUUUACCAGAACAGUGUAAAGAUCUAUUCACACAAGAUGGAGUCCUACUCAAAGCAUCACUCGGUCGUCCGAUCAGCGACCUCAAUUCCAUCGGCAUGUUAUGCAUUGUACAGAACAUGGACGGCUCUAAGUGUAUCGAGUGGCGUCCCAACGACCUCAUAACCAUCGAUUCCGACACACAGGACCAAGAGUGGGCUGUGGUUAACACGAUAGGUCGUCGACAGAGGACGCUAAGCGGCAACAUGACAUCCGACUACGAAGCAGCUCGCGCCCGCAUCAUCAGGAUACCUCUGGACGAGCUGAAAUCAUUCAAAGUAUCAAGGAACAAUCAGCAGAUGCAGUUUUCUACUAAACAGGGCGUCUGGCAAAACACUUGCUACUUCCAACACGGGAAUGCGGAGAUAUUCCUGUCAUAUCUCAAGAACCACGUCAAAACCGCAAAAACCAGGCACGACAGGAACACGUACGUCGUCGUGGAGCCUAACGCGGAGUGUCAGGUGCUGAACAAGUCGUUCGCGGAACUGGACAUAUUCACGGAGAACACUACGGAUGUGGUCUGGAACCUGGUGUCCAACUUCAAGCAGAGGCCCUACGAGACUACGAUGGAAGCCUUCUCCAAACUCACCGAUAUUGUAUACUACGGUGAGGGAGUUAACGGUAAGCGUGAAAUGUCAGAUGAGGUGGCGGAUCUCCUCACGAAGAGUAUGAGCGCUUUAGAAGACACGACCAGCAUCACCAGGAGUGAAGAGUACGAGGUCAUUAACGUGAAGCCCACGCUACCGCCGCGGCCUUCAAUACCUAGGGGAACACCUUUAUCAACUGAGAAAUGGGACGGUUUGCAGGACCCAGAAGGAAGGAUCACGGAAGUGGAGGGCGUAAAACAAUUAAUAUUCAGAGGGGGCGUGGCGCAUUCAAUACGUCACUCAGUAUGGAAAUAUCUCUUGGAUUAUUAUCCCUGGAAAAUGACUAAGACAGAGCUGAAGAGUUUACACAAGAAGAGAACGGAAGAAUACUUCUCAAUGAAGCUGCAGUGGAGGUCAAUGACCGAGGGUCAGGAAUUAAGGUUCUCCGAAUACAGGGAUAGGAAGAGUUUAGUAGAAAAGGAUGUGAAUAGGACAGAUAGGACGCACCCCUUCUUUGCUGGUGACAAUAAUCCUAACCUGAUAGUACUCCAAGACAUUCUGAUGACAUAUGUCAUGUAUAACUUCGAUCUGGGCUAUGUACAAGGAAUGAGUGAUAUUUUAGCGCCUCUGCUGUUGCUUUUGGGCAAUGAGGUGGACAGCUUCUGGUGCUUCGUGGGUUUUAUGGAGAAAAUUUCAUCAAACUUUGAUAUGGACCAGGCCGGCAUGAAACAGCAGUUGUUGAAUCUGCAGCAGCUAAUGGCUUUCAUAACUCCGGAUUUAGCCAAGCACCUCGCCAGCAAAGAUUCCGGGAACAUGUACUUCUGCUUCAGAUGGCUCCUGGUGUGGUUCAAGAGGGAAUUCUCUCAUAGAGAUAUCAUGAGGUUAUGGGAGGUACUGUGGACGGGGUUGCCAUGCGCCAACUUCCAUUUGCUGAUAUGUGUAGCCAUUCUUGACGCUGAAAAGGAUGUUCUUAUUAGCAAGGAUUACGGAUUUACUGAGGUCUUGAAGCAUGUCAACGACCUGUCAAUGUGCCUCGAUGUGGAUAUCAUACUAAGCACAGCGGAGGGUAUUUACCAUCAGAUAGUCUCGUCCCCACAUCUAUCAGAUCAGAUCAGGCUGAUUUUAGGCCUUCCAUUGGCCCCGAAACCUGAAGUACCAGAACCCGAGCCCGAGCCCACUACAUUCAGCAAUGGUAAUGACAGCGGAGAAACUGAGGAAGUUACACUCGAAUAUAAUGGACAUGAAAUAUCUGUUGUAACAAAAACUGUCUGGGCUUUACUUGCCUGAUAACAAAAUACAUAUUCCGGGUGAAGUGAUAAUUUUCUAUUUUUAUAUAAAAUGCCCUUAAAUAAUCAUAUAGCUUAGAAUAUUUUUUGUAUUAAAUAUGUAUGUGUCCUUCGAAUGCUGUACUAAUGUUGCCAUUUUAAAUUAUUAAAUUUGCCCGUUUUAUUAUAUAUGACACUUGAAUUAUGAGUUAUUUCCCAAUUGUUAUUAACAAUGAACUCCUAAAUUUAUUUAGAGCUCUUGCGAUUUUUUAAAAUAUCAUCACGUAUUGUCAAUACUAUCACCAAAUAUUUAUAUGGCAACACUUUAAACUAUUUUAAAAAUUAUCUUUGGCAUUUUAUUCUUAUAUAACUGAAACUAACCAUGCCUGUUAAAACGUCAAUUAUUUAAAGUCCCGGUUAAAUCUGGAUCCCUGUAUUCUUAGUAUGAGUUCUCAUCGUCGGACUAAAUACCAAAUGUUUCUUGGUUUUCAUAAACUAAUCUUCAAUACCGAUGGAGAUUUACUAUCGACUCGAUCGGAUUUUGUUUUGCCGAAGUCAUUUCCUACUAAAGUUACUUAUUUUUUUUAUAUAAAUACAUACUUGUUCUUGUUUAUACUUAUAUUGUUAAAAUUGUAUAAAUUUAUUCAAUUACUUGGCAUAUCUUUUUUUUUAAAUGUUACGAAUAUGUGAUUUUAAUAAAGUUUUAUAGAAUGUC